CAUUCCACCGUGAUGCAUUUCAUAGCUGAGUGAACCUUCAGCUCUGCUGGACCGCUGGUGUGCAGGUCGCCAGGGAAGCCAUAGAAACCGCCAGAGAGGGAGAGACAGAGAGGGAGAGAGACAGAGUGCGAGAGAGGAGAAGCCUGAGGGUAGAGAAGCUUCUUGUCUUUGUCCAAAAUCCUUGGCAUUGAAGCGCGCGCAGACUGCAAGGAAACCUGGGACACUUUCGUUUUAGCUCGUGGCAUUUCGGAGCCCGCCGGGUGGAUUAAGGCACCUCCCAGUGAGGAGAUUUCGGCGUAGCCGCCCGCCCCACGCCCCCUGACGGUCCGGGAUGAGGUGCUGGCCGCUGGCCGUGGCGGCCGCCGCGCUGUGGGUGCAGUGGCUCCUCCUGCCGCAGGCGCAGGCCAGGAAGGAGAGGAGGAGGCAGAAGGAGGCGAGCCCUCAGCACACGGAGGCGCACAACAGCACCCUGUCCAACAGCGAGGAGCUGGACGAAGGCACCAAGCUUGCAGAGAACCAGCGUGUGGACCCCCUCGGGUCCUGGAUGGACUUUGUGAAGAGGCCAGUGGGAAACCCUGCUAAGUGCCGUAAGAGAAAAAGACCGCUGCCUGGACCCCCAGGCCCUCCGGGUCCCCCAGGGCCACAGGGGCCCCCAGGACUUCCUGGGGCAGAAGUGACCCAAGAGGCAUUGCUCCAAGAAUUCAAAGACAUGAUCCGAAAGGCCACAGACAGACGGGCAGAAGUGGACAGGAGGACCAGCCCCAGCGCACUGCCCCCAGCCCUGAUCACCCUGGAGGGCAUGACCUCAUACAGGAGGAUACAGGAGGCCUUCCACUGCAGGCUCAAGGGUCCCGUCAUCGUGGACAAGAAAACCCUGAUGGAGCUUCAAACAUAUCAGACACCCCCAGCCAAAGGAGCCUUCCUCCGGGGCGCUGGGAUGGACCUCUCCACCGGCCGCUUCACAGCGCAGGUCACUGCUAUCUACCAGUUCUCCGCAAACAUCCACAUCGACCACAGCGAGGUGAAGAAGAGCAAGGCCCAGCUGCGAGCGAGGGACAACCUGCGCGUGCUCAUCUGCAUCGAGUCGCUCUGCCACAGAUACACGUCCUUGGAGACGAUUGUUGGCUUGGAAAGCAACAGCAAGAUAUUCACAGUGUUUGUCCAUGGGCUUCUGGAACUACAGGCUGGGCAGUACACCUCCGUGUUUGUGGACAAUGGAGCCGGGGCCUCAGUCACCAUACAGAACGGCUCGGAUUUCAUGGGAAUACUGAUCGGCGUGUAGCGGCACCCGCCCUCGCUCACACCUGGGACCCCCGUCGCUUCAAUGUGCCCCUCGUAUCUCUGAGCGGACACCAUGCAGAACCUGGGGGAGGCGGAGUUACGGGACAUUCAUGGUCGAAGACAAAGCAACGCUCAGGUUUCCCUUUUCAAUGGGCAAAUGGCCAAUAUUUAUUAACCUCAAGAGAUGUGAGAAAUUCACACAAGGCCAUUAGACCGGACGCUACACGGACCAACAUCCUGACUGUUGGAGCACAGUGAAUAUUCAUCCUGAUGGACCUUCUCACCUUAUGAUGUCAGCUCCCACCCUUACAGUUCAUGUUUCUUAUACUCACGCAACAAAAAGUGUAGUAUCUGCUGCCAUUCCGCAAUGCAGACUUGCCUAACUUUAGUGAAGUAUUUAUCAGACUGGCGUGUUACACACAUUGUACCAGGUCGCCAUGGCACUUUCCUGAGUGAUGUUAGUGGGCAGUUGUCGUACAUGUGAAAAAAGAACAGUUUGAGGGUUACAAGGCACAUUAUAUUUAAUCCUUUUGUAUUUGUGAUUUGCAUGUGCACACAUUUGCAUUUGAUAAUCUGCCUGCAUCCAAAGCCUCAUCCUUUAUUCUGUAUGUCUAACAAACGUAGGCGUGGAGCUCAAGGGAAUGGUUGAAACAGUCCAAAAAAAACAGGCUGACCACAUACCUUCAUAACACCUUGUAAAUGUGCUUCAUUACUGUACACGUUUCGUGAUGGUGAAGUGAUUGGUUGUCUAAUAACUGCCAACGCACAUUUGAACAGCUGCCAGACCAUAAUCCGAUGCAGAGACCUGCAAGUCAAAACACUGAGAUUCAAAGUUUAGUUCAAAUAUCCAUGACAACUAAAACCAUUUCUUGUAGAAACCAAUCAUGUCGUCUUCAGAAAGACUGAAGCUAAUCCAGGACACACCAGUACUGUAAGUGUUACUGGUCUCACUGGAUAAGUUACUGGGCUUUUCCAUUGUUAUUCAGUACAGAAGAGCCAUAGGCACUCAAACCUAAUUUAAUGACCACAUCAGUCACUAAAAAUAUAGUGCAUGUGGGUGAGAAGGGUGAGAGAGUAACGCAAACACACAAACUAUUCAUAAAUAUACUGUAAAAUCAGUGCACCGGCUUAUAAAUAUAUAUACUGUAUAAAGGCAGCAUGGUGUAAAGUCUAUGUAUAUACUUGGCCUUUUUGUGAUUAAUAUAACAUUUUGUGAUCAAGUGUAGCAAAAGUUUAGUGCUAUUGUAUCUGCUUUAUUCUCUUUAUACAGUAAUGCAAAUGUAAGUUUUACCAUGUUUCCAUGUGUAUAAAUUAUAUAGAUAAUCAUAUUGUUUAUAAAUUAUGUUCAAUUUUUCAGUCAAAUGCUAUAAAAUAUGUGUGGAUCUAUAGUAUUUAUGUUAAUGAUGCUUUUAGCACAAAAACAGCUGCUGCCGUCCUGUUUCAGUGUGUUAUUCUGUAAUAGCGUAGAUUUAAAAACAGGCUCUCCACACACUUUUGUACAUUUCAGAUAAAGCCACUUGUGUAUUGUGUUACAUUUGCUAAAUAAAUGAAAAUAUCCACUGAAA